UGGCUAUAGAGGCCGGAAAACUCGCAGCAACCCAGCCCGUAUAGUGUGUCUGUGUCGCUCUGUACGCAGGCGGGGAUGGGCGUGCUCGCGCUUGUGAAGAAGCGCAGGCGCAGUGCUGCCUCCGGCCGGUGGGGUGGAGGAGGAAGUGACGUCAGCAUUCUUGUCAUUAGGAACACAGAGUCGGUUGAGAAUCCUGAGGGGAACGGAAAAGGUGUGGGAGCUCUUCGAAAAGGAAGGCGUUCGGGACCGUUUUUCCAACCGUCUCACCUCGGUCGUCCUGGGCUAUGUCCACGGAGUGAGCGGGGUGGCUCUUCUUCGGUAGAGUGAGCGGGGUGGCUCUUCUUCAAGUGUCUCGAGGCGCCGUAGUCGACGGCUUAGGAGAAGCAGAGAGCCCUUUGGCUUCUUUCUUUACUUCCGAAGGUCUGCCGUUGAACCGUCGGUGCUCGCAAUAGGGACGCCGCUUCUUCCUCGGGAGGUUAGCCGCCCGUUUCGACUGCUUGUUUGAGCUUGGUGCUUUCUACUUCUACAUACCAUGAGCCCAACUGAUUCCAAGCGUUGUGCUACCAAGCGCAGGAAAAACAAGAGAUCUACUGAUCUGGUCUCUUCAAACCUAGUUGAUGAUUUGGAGGAGAAGUCUAUCGCCCCUUCUUCUUCAACCAACACCUCCUCAUCUCCAUCAACUUCUUCUGUGGCCUUCUCUUUACAGACAUCCGCCACUGCUGCUUCUACUAGAAAUGAAAAUGGCCUUCUGUUAGCAACUGACACAGCCAUGCCAUCCAUUUCCAGUGAAAUGAUAGGGAAGAGUGAAGUUUCCAAGAAGCGCUGUGGAGGAACGAUUAAUUCUAGACAAACUUGCAAGCGAAGCAGAAUAUCUACUUUUACUGCUGACAGUGCUUCACAGGUAGAACCUAUUGAUCUUGAAGAAAAUCCUUGUGAAGAAGUAGUAGACCUCACUUGCGAAUCUUCAGACCCAGUUGUGGUUGAUCUGACAUGCAACGAUUCUGUUGUUAUAGUUGAAGAAAAUGUUUGUCAACAACGAAACCAACAUUUAAGAAGCCAGCAACUUGCUGACAGCUGUGUUUUGAGCAGUGAUGAUGAUGAACCAAGAGAUAAUGAUGUAGUGUUGACUGAUACACUACCCAGGGAAUUGGAAUUGCUGGAAGAUGGCAUUUCAAGUGCACGCCGUUCAGGUACUGUGAGUUGCCCAAUUUGCAUGGAUGGAUACUCAGAAAUUGUACAGAGUGGAAGGCUUAUUGUGUCAACAAAGUGUGGUCAUGUUUUCUGUAGUCAGUGCCUCCGGGAUUCUCUAAAAAAUGUUAAUUCUUGCCCGACUUGUAGGAAGAAACUUGGUUACAAACAGUAUCAUCCAAUUUAUAUAUGAAGCUUUAGAUUCUUCUCCAAAGAAUCUGAAUUGAAAGAUGCUUCAUAAAAUUUUAAUACCACAAAUAAUAAAGAACUACAAAUCACAUAUAUGCCCAAUUGUGAUGCUUAUUUUUUGACUUUUCUGGUUUGUUUUUCUAUUGACCAGUCUUACACCUAAGCUCAUCUUUGUUUUAUUUCUCAUGCUAGCAAGUUGGAUUUAUAGCUCAUCAGGGUAAACCGUUCUUUGAAGGACUAUCUGCUUCAAGGAAAGCACCUUGUAUUUCUAUGCUACUUUUGAAGAAAAGGAAGGAGAUGGUCUCCUCUUGAAGAGACUGUGAAUAUUCUGUUCAUUUGAGACUUAAGUCAUUAUGCUCAAGAUAAUGAAAGUAAAAGUGGCAAGCAACUGGAAAACCUGCAGUUUUUAGUGCAUUUCACUGUAAUAGAUUCAAUGCCAUGGAAAGCAUUCAUGUGUGGACUUCUGAAUUUCCAAGAGGCUGGACUUUGUAGCCAUAUUACAACAUCUGAUAUACAAUGUGCAAAUAUUUUAUUUGAAGGCAUGCUUUACUCAGACUUUUUGAUGUUCUGAAGCCUAAUCUUUGCAUACACAUACAUUCAAAAGCACCUCCUUAAUGUUUUCCCCUCUUAAGAAGGAUGUGAAAUUAAGCUGUGGUGAAACAAGCUUAUUUUAGCCUUUACAUUUUCAUGAUACAAUGUUUAAUGACUUGACUUUAAAAAUUACUAUGUAUUAACAAGUUCCUAUUGCUGAUACUUAACUAAUAGGUUGUUCAUAAUUUGGGAAAGUAAUUCUAGAAACAAUAAUUUUUGCUAUAUAUUAAUGCAGUUCAAAUUGGGUAGGUCUUAAAUAUGUAUAUUAGGUGCACUUUCCCUCCUGUGUAGACAUUUUGAAAAUGGCCUAAGGCAUCAUCCUGCUUCUCAUUUGACAAUGAUCAAGAUUAUAUAUGUGAAGUUGGUUUAAAGCCCUAAAUUUUUAAGUAAUAAUUUUCUAUUAGUCUUUUAUGUUUAAAGCUUGAUCUUUAUAGAAUUUCUUUCUAUUUGACCCAGCAGGAUAUGUCUGUAAGUCCAUUUUCUAACCUUCCAGAGUUUGCCAGUGCAGCACACAAUUUGAAGUUUUGGUGCCACUUACACUAGGCAAAAGUGAGUUCUGGAGCUCUGCAAAGUCUUAUAAGCAAUAAACGGGUAGAGGAAGGCCAUACUUUGACCUUUAUCUACAUCAACAUGCAAUAAAUCAUCCAUACACUUCAUAUGACUAUGAAGGCUAAUGUAUGGGGAAAUGUUAGAUACUGUCUCAUGUAAUACAGUCUCUUUAGUGACAGCAGGUUAGUGUUGGGGUAAGGACUUUGAAUAUUUGCCAUUAUUGGUUAUGUAGAAAGUUUCAGAUGCUUACUAAUAAUUUAAGUUACAGAAAUAAAUUCUUAUUCAGAAUUUUUAAUGUACAAAUGGAUUGCAUGAGUACAGGAAUCACCGGUUCUGGCCUUAUGAAAAGAGCAACCUCAAAAAAAAAUUUUUUUUUUCAUUUUAAGCAUUUUGAUCUCAUCAGAAAUGCUUUACUAUGAAUAGUCAUGUAUGAUUAGGAUGUGCAAAUAAAUGACCAAUCUAUAUGAUUGAAUAGACCUUCCCAUCUUGGGUUAUUUAGAUGCACCACUUAGUAUUUCCAGAUAAUUAACUCCCAUACCACUAAAAGAACUUUGAAAGGCCAGUUGUGGUAUCAUAGAAUCUUAGAAAUGCUUUGUGUGGGGUGGGUGGGGUUAUACCACGUUAGUUGAACUGUCUCAGUAGUAGGCAGUCUUCUAUAGAAAAAUACAGAACUUUUCUGAAUCACAUCCUUUUAACUUGAAAAGCUCACCCCAGAGAUCAAGAAAAUUAUCAACCCACUCUUCAUUACUUAAGGAAAUAUUUGCAGAAACCCAUGUAAUUUAAAAGUAACUUCUAGUAGAUCCAGAUGAGCUUUCUUUUUUUCUUUUUUUUCCUUUUUUUUGCAUAAGGCCACGAUUCAUAAAAUGAAAUAGUAUACUUCUAUUAAGAAGAGUUGUAUACUGCCGGUUCGUGUAAUUUUAUUAUAGUUUUUGCUAGUAUAUAUCUAUUUACAUGAGACAUAACUACAACUCCCUUUAUAAUCGCUUUUGAAAUUUGCACCAGCUUGUAGGCAAACAGUUUCUACAAUGAAUUUUCAAAUAGCUUUUAUUGGUUUGGAUCCAGAUUUUGUUUAAAUACCAUUUAAAUCAGUGAGAUUUAUGUUAGUCAUGACUAAGGUUAGGCUAUUGUUUUCAGUGAAUUGGCUUGUAAUAUGACUAAAUAUGGGUUCAACCAAACGACUCUAUUUGGAUUUUAUGUUAAACCAUGUUUUAGUGUUACAUAGCCAGGGGUCAAGUAUGGGUAUCAUCCCUUCUCCUUCAGUGAAUAUUCAAGGAAAUCUGAGUUUCGUUUCCAUUUUUAACCAACUACGACAUAACAUUACGUUUAAACAUAGGCACACCGUGGUUAGUUUUAAUAGUGUUAUUGAAACCAACCAACUUCAUGCCAUGGGAAGAGGAAGGUCCACAAACCUCAUGCAUCUAAUGCCUAAACUUCAAUUUAAUGUAGCCAUAUCUAACUAUCUUCAAAAUAAGAUGUAAAAAUUCCUUUGAAUUUAUUUUCAAAGCAAAUGAUAUAGAGGAGGUGCAUGAAUUUAGGAAUUAAAGAUCAAAUUUCUGUUUUCUGUAUUUUCCCCAUUGUAAAUGUAUAGAGUUCAUGCUUUUUACUUAUUUAAACAUAUUGGUUUAUGUGUAUAUCAGAUUUGUGUUUGAUAUCUAGACGAAUAAAUUUUAUUGAUAAAUCUU